UCAACGCAAUUGUGAUUUGUGUAAAGUUGAAUUCUUGCAAUAAAAAUUUUAUUUGUGUGUGCAAAAAAGCUUACAUUGAUUGUGUCAAACUUUGAGAAUAUGCCAAAUAUCUGAAGACUAGUGAAAAUUUUUUAAAAACUGUGUUUGGUAGUUUAGAAAUACUAAAAAAACAUUUUUUCAAAUAAAACUUCGAGCAAAAUGAUGGCCGAACGUCAGACGUCUUUCGACAAGCCGACGCGUGUUGAUGGCACUUCGUACAUUGCCGAGGGCAUCGACAAGAAUGAGUCGCGUAGCACUUGCCUUCUGUACACGUUGAAAGAACAAAGCAGCGGUUCGUUAGCGAAGAGUUUAAAGAUCUUCACGCGACACAACGUCAAUCUGUUGCACAUCGAAUCACGCUCUUCCGUGCGUGUGCCCGGUUAUGAGUUCUUUGUGGAAUGUGACACUACCUCUGGUGCACUUGGCAAGGCCAUCGAUGAGCUGCGUGAAGAAUGCAGUUACUUUAAUAUAAUAUCACGUGAUUACAAGGACAACAGCGCGGCGGUGCCAUGGUUCCCGCGCCGUAUAAGAGAUCUUGAUCGAUUCGCUAAUCAAAUUUUAAGUUAUGGCUCCGAAUUGGAUUCUGAUCACCCGGGUUUCACCGAUCCCGUUUACCGUCAGCGUAGGCAAUACUUUGCCGAUAUCGCUUACAACUAUAAACAUGGUGAACCUUUGCCACGCGUCGAAUAUACCAAAGAAGAGGUUGAGACUUGGGGCAUAAUGUUCAGAAACCUUACUAAACUGUACAAAACACAUGCCUGCCGUGAAUAUAAUCACGUGUUUCCUUUGCUGGUGGAUAAUUGUGGUUACAGAGAGGACAACAUACCACAAUUGGAGGAUGUUUCGAACUUUUUGAAAGAUUGUACUGGCUUCACUUUGCGUCCAGUAGCUGGUCUGCUCUCUUCACGCGAUUUCAUUGCCGGUCUGGCUUUCCGUGUCUUCCACUCUACACAGUAUAUACGUCAUCCUAGCAAGCCGAUGUAUACACCGGAACCCGAUGUUUGUCACGAGCUUAUGGGCCACGUACCGUUAUUCGCUGAUCCUGCUUUUGCACAAUUCAGUCAGGAAAUCGGUUUGGCGUCUUUGGGUGCACCCGAUGAUUACAUCGAGAAGCUGGCGACUAUCUUCUGGUUCACCGUUGAGUAUGGUCUGUGUCGCCAAGAUGGCGAUCUUAAAGCCUACGGUGCUGGUCUACUCUCUUCCUACGGUGAGUUGGAGUAUUGUCUGACCGAUAAGCCACAAUUGCGUGAAUUUGAUCCGACGGUCACCGGUAGUACCAAAUAUCCGAUUACGCAAUUCCAAGAGGUUUACUAUGUGUCGGAGAGUUUCGAGAGCGCCAAAGAGAAGACAAUCAAAUUCGCCAACUCCAUACCACGUCCCUUCGGUGUACGCUAUAAUGCCUAUACGCAGAGCAUCGAAGUGCUCGACUCAAAGAAGCAGAUACGCAAUUUGAUGGACGAUAUCAACUCAGAGUUUCAGAUUCUGCAAAACGCCGUGGAGAAGUUGAAAGUGUAGAAAGCAAUUGGAGCAUUUUCUAUGAAUAUUAUAUGCACAUACAGUUGUACAUAUGCAUUUAUUAGCCAUAUACUUAUUAAUAGAUUAUAUAUAUAAUUUUUUUUGUAAAUACUUACCGCUAUGAAAUAUACUUGAAAAACAUGAGAUUAAAAAUAUAAAUUUAUUUGAUUUUUUGCA